CUGCCUCCAGUCGUGCCAAGCGGGCGGAGGACCCGGCCCUGGGCACUCGCAGCCGCGUAAGGAACCGAGGCGGCGCACGGCUGGAGGCGCAGAAUCGCGGGGCUAAGGCGGGAACUCGCAAGAGAAGGAGGCGGUCCAGGGACAACCACCAUGUCCUUCCCGCCCUUUGGACACCCGUACGGCGGCGCUUCCCAGUUUCUGGUGUCUGCAAGUUCCAGCGCCACUUGCUGCGAAUCCGGCCCGCGCUCCGUCCCAGAUGUGGCCUCAGGCUCCACCCCGGCGGCCGCUCUCUGCUGCGCAUCCUACGACGGUCGGCUGCUGGGCAGUGCGCGGCCGGAGCUGAGCGCGGCCUUGGGCAUCUACGGAGCCCCAUACGCCGCCGCCGCAGCUGCCCCGAGCUACCCAGGCUACCUGCCCUACAGCCCAGAGCCGCCCGCGCUGUACGGGGCGCUGAAUCCACAGUAUGAAUUUAAAGAGGCUGCAGGGAAUUUUACACCUGGCCUGGCGCAACCAGGAGCCUAUUAUCCCUAUGAGCCGACUCUGGGGCCGUACCAGUAUGACGGGUAUGGAGCAGUGGAGUUGAGUGGCACGGGCCGCCGGAAGAACGCCACCCGGGAGACCACGAGCACGCUCAAGGCCUGGCUCAACGAGCACCGCAAGAACCCCUACCCCACCAAGGGCGAGAAGAUCAUGCUGGCCAUCAUCACCAAGAUGACCCUCACCCAGGUGUCCACCUGGUUUGCCAACGCGCGCCGGCGCCUCAAGAAGGAGAACAAGAUGACGUGGGCACCCAAGAACAAAGGCAGCGAGGAGAGGAAGACUGAGAGUGGAACAGGGGAGUCCCUGGGCUGCCUGAACUGUGACACCAAAGAUGAAACUGCCAGCCAGGAGGCUCGAGGGCUCCGGCUGAGUGACCUGGAAGACCUGGAGGAAGAGGAGGAGGAGGAGGCCGAAGAAAAGGAGGCAGUGGCCACAGCUGCGGACAGGCUGGCUGAGUUCCAUAAAGACUCGCAGUCGCUGCCCGCGUCCUGCGGCGCCGCUCGGGAGGCCCGGCUGCAGCGCCGGGAGUGCGGCCUGGCGGCGCGCCCCUUCUCGUUCCCGGAGCCCCCGGGGUCGGGAGAAGCUGACUUCCUGCGGGCGGAGCCCGGGAGCCCCACGUUGACCGUGCACUUCCCCUGCAGCGAGAAACCGCGCAUCUGGUCUCUGGCGCACACUGCGGCCGCCGCCGGCGCGGUCGAAGGUGCAGCUCCAACCCUUCCCAGGCCGCGAAGUCCCGAGUACCGUCUGAUUCCGGGACAGCCUGCAGGCGCGGGCGGCCGGCCCGCCAUCCCCAGAGACUCCGUGUGCGCAGAGUCUUCCCGAGUAGCCAAAGCCUUUGGAAACCGCCCCUUUGCCCCUCAGGGGCUGCCGAUGAACUGUGCGCAGUGCCCGCGGCGGAGGGAGCCCGCAGUGCACUGCCAGUACCCGUCUGGAGCAGAAGCAGGUUAGCGCAAAUGGCUGCGAUUUGCGGAAGGAUCUUGGAAAGAAGGCCUACUUUUCGAACUCACUUCCAUGCUCAGAAGCUGGGAGACCUGGCCAGGGCCUUGGGGAGGGGGGGCUCUCACUUCACCUAAGAGACAGACAAAACACACAGAAACCCUUCUACCGGCUCUUCUUGCACGCAGACCUGGGAGUGGCAGGCGGACGUGCAACGCUCCAGACCCGCUGGGAGGCGGUGGCGCCCAGGACACCUUGGGGAAGGCCAAGUGGGAAGGCUGGGCGAGUCUGCCCUGUGCACCCACUCGGUACACCAAGUCUCCCUCCCUCCUCUUGAUACAGGGUCUGAAGCAACUCCUUCUCCUGCUCACCCCCACCCUGCCCCCUUUCACUGUGUAAUUUCAGCGCUGA